UGCACUGACGAUUUGCAACGCAAAUUCGUUUUGUUCGUUGGUUUUCUUCGUCGAUGAUCGAAGAGGUGGAAAGAAGUUUUACUCAUCGUGCGUAGAGACUCACAAAGAAAAGUUUUAUACAAUUUCGCUAUUGAAUAUUGUAAUAAAGACGUUAAUAAGUGAAUAAAUUAUUAUCUGAGGCUAAAAUAAUAGUGCGCGUGAAACGAAAUAAAGUUUCCUUAUUGCUACGGUGUGGAAAAAGUGAGAAGUGUAGGAGCAGCAGCAGUACAGAAAACGGCGAAGAAAAUUCCAAUUGGACUUGAAACUACAUAGAAAAGCAAAAGACAAGUCGUCGUCACAUAUGCGAAAAGCACAAUUCAAAAAAGUGAACAAGUCGAAAAGCAAAGCGAAAAAGUAGAAGUUGGAAGUGGAAGCAGUGAGAGUGGGAGAGUACAAAAGAAAAAAUUGACAGUUGGUAAAACAAUUGAAGAAAAAAAGUGGAUAAGCUCUUCCAGAAACAAGGCCCGGCACUGAUGUAGGAACUUACUUCGUAAUAAAAAGGAAACAUUAGUGCAGAAAUUAUAUAUAUUUUAACAAACGAUAAUCGAGAAACGAGUAUAACAAAGUAAUCGUUUAAUCCAACUGAUCAACUCUUCUACACAUCUUGCUGCUUCUAUUGCUGGUAUUUGUGGUUAUUUAACACGGCACUUUUCGCCAAACUUUAACGCGUUUUACAUACUGUAGUAUUAUUACCUGUGCCCUAAAACACCGCCCCGGAAACAGCGGAAUACUCAUACCGAUUACACAUAAAAUUCGUCAACUGGAUUGUCGCUGCCAACGUUAAAAUAACGUUAGUACACUAGUUAAAAUUCGUGACUUGUUCUUGUGUGAAAAUUUUCGCAGUUCGAAACAGCUGACAAAAAAUUGAAGAAUUGUCAUAUUUCUGUGUGUUUCUGUACAUAAUCAACCUUAUCCUGCAUUACUCAGCUAUAUACUCACUUUUUUCUUAACACAACAUACUUCAAGAGUAAAUAAGCGUAUAAAGUCGCAAAUAAAGCAGCUGUUGCUGUGAGGAUUAGUUUGUCAAAUCCGAUAUGGCGCUCGACAUGGGUUUGCCUGUAAAUGGCACCAAUGCGCUGACAUCAUCUUUCACAGCGAAGAAAAAGGAUGCAUCUACUGCAGCAGAAGAGAAUUUAUGGUCUGCAAUUUUGAGUGAAGUACAAAAACAAGGCAGCACAAAACUUCCGUCAAAUAAAUCAGUACUAGUAUUAGGCGAUAAUGCCACCGGCAAAACGACUCUCAUUGCGAAAUUGCAAGGUGUCGAAGAUCCGAAAAAAGGUUCUGGCCUCGAGUAUGCGUACAUCGAUGUUAAAGAUGAGUACAGAGAUGACACAACACGAUUAGGCGUUUGGAUUCUGGAUGGCGAUCCAGGACACACAAAUCUCCUGCGUUACGCUUUGAAUGAAACGAACUUCGAACAUACCCUCGUCAUACUCACAGUCUCCAUGACCGAGCCAUGGGCAUGGCUGGAACAAUUGAAUCACUGGAUUAAAGUGCUCUCAGAUCACAUUGAGAGUCUGAAGUUGGAACCACAGGAGAAGCAGGAAGCACGACAACGGCUAAUCACUACGUGGCAAACCUAUUGUGAGGUGGGCGAUGACUUGGAUCCGGGUUCGCCAGUGAAACGUACGAUGAGAAAUAAUUCGAUAGAUGACGACGAUCUACUGCCACUUACCGAGGGGGCGUUAACAACAAAUCUCGGCUUGGAUAUUGUUGUGGUAGUCACAAAGACGGACUACAUGACAACGCUGGAGAAGGAGUACGAUUAUCGAGAUGAACAUUUUGAUUUCAUACAGCAGUGGAUACGUCGCUUUUGCUUACAGCAUGGCACAUCACUUUUUUACACAAGCGUUAAAGAAGACAAAAACUGUGAUCUCCUCUAUAAAUAUUUGACACAUCGAAUUUACGGCUUACCAUUCCGAACGCCUGCGCUUUUCGUCGAGAAGGAUGCGGUUUUAAUUCCUGCAGGUUGGGAUAGCUUGAAGAAAAUAAGUAUUUUGUAUGAGAAUAUGCAAUCGUGCAAGGCAGAGGACUACUAUACAGACAUCAUCUCGCCGCCGCAGUCGCGAAAAACUGUUGCAAAUCGUGAAAUCGAAGUGCAAACAGAGGACGAGCAGACAUUCUUGUUGCGACAGCAGGAGAUCCUCAAGCAGGGCGGUCAGAUGCGCGGCGAUUCACCGUUGCGCUCGCAAGGCGGCAAUAAGGGCUUGCAACCACGCACACCCGGCUCCGGGGGCCAGGGUUCACCCAUUAAGGUCAACGCGAAGCCAACACCAGCUACACCGGGCAAUGAAGGUGUGCUCGCCAACUUUUUCAACUCGUUGUUGCAUAAAAAAUCCGGUUCACCCGCCACACCAGCCACCCCGCCCAAUGCGCCCAACGCCAGCAGUACACCACGCACCAAUGGCACUGAUGGCGCCAUUGAUAAGUUGGCGAUGCGUUCCGAUGCCGCAGCCGAACUGGAUCGCCUGACGAGAAGUGCGAAAAAAGAAAUGGAUUAUUCACAAAGCGAGUGUUAAGCCAGGCGCAAAAGAUUCUAUGAUGUAUGAUUUUGUGAACCGACUAGCAAGACACAAGUAUAAGAACAACCAACACCACACAGUGCGCUUCUGUACGAUUCGGGGGGGGCGAAUGAGCAACAAAAACAAGCUAAAGUUUUUUUAAGUGAAAUAGAAAUGAGUGAAACUUAUAUGAAUGUAAGCAAAAAUGACGUGUGUAAUGAAACGUAAUCCCAAAAGGGUGUGUGUACAACUAACCCACAUAUACUCCCUUAACAUAAACGAGUGCGAAAUUAAGCGGAUUCAUUGAAAAGUAGAAUUCUCUCAAGUAAUGAGAAACUCUCAAGUAGAAGUUUAAAUUAUUUGCAAUUUUAAAGCAAACUAAAAAUACAUAAAAUAAAGCUAGCAAGAAGAAGAAAAGAAGGCAAAGCAUAUUAGACUUAACGCAACAACUUAAAACAAAAAGAAAAAAAUAAAAAGAAAACAUAUUUUCACUAUCGUCUUGCUAACACUGGCUGGCUAAGUUUACACAUGUGCGACGCCUGUAUUGAUUAUUUCGUUGUUUCCUAAUAACAUGCUGCUGAUUUAUAGUAAUUAUUUUAAAUAUAUGUUAUUUUUUUAAUAAUGCAAUAAAUGCGAUUUGCAAUUGAUUUCAUAAGCGCUGAAUCCGAUUAAUAUUAAUUACGGCAGCAAUGUGAAUAGUAAGCGCAGAUAAUAGAAAUAGCAAAGAUUUUUUUUGUUGGGGUCGGCGCUGGUUCAACAUUUGUCUGGCGCUUAAACGCGACGUUUUUAUACGCUGCUCAAGCGAACAAUGAAUGCCUUAUGAAUUAUACCCUACUGGCAGCGAUUUGACAUUGUCGGCGUCUGCAUGUGUUUUAUCAAAGCUAUUUUCUUUUUGUGAAGACGUUCUCAUGCGUUUGUGUUCCAGGUAUAUAAAGAAGAAAAAAAAAAAACGAUUUUGCAUUAGCGUAAUUAUAAAUAAGAGCUUGGCAAUAUUGGCGAAAUUGCCAUUCUUUAUUUUUUAUAUGCUAAUUUUUAUAAUUUUUGCUCAAAGCUUAAAGUAUACUGUAAUUUUAUAUAUAUAUAAAUAUUAAAUGUAAUUUAGAAAACACGAUAAUUUCAAUUCUAAAACUGUGCAUAAUUAAAAUGAAAAUGAAAAAGAAUAGCGCUAUCUAACUAUGUAAAAUGUGGAAAUUCUGCAAAAGAAGCAAAUAAAAUACCGAUGAAUGCGUAAAACAACUAUUGAUAUUGGCCAAAACAAGCGUUGGAAGUGGUUAGCUUGUUUAUUAAAAAAAAAAAAAAUAGUUUGAAAAAUAAGAAGAAAAACUAUAAAUAUAUGUGCUAAAAGCUGCUUGUAUAUCGGACAAAUCGAACACAAGUGUUGUACCGUAAAUACCACAAGUUUCGCACAAAAUACCCCAACGGCAGCGAUAAAUAUAUUAUAGCUAUUGGGUUUUAAACUUUUCUUCAAAAAUUUUAAAUUCUUCUAUAAUUGUAUUAAUAACCUAUGGUUAUUAGAUUCCAUAUGUAUAAAAUCGAAAUGCCGUGAUAUUACAAAAACUGAAAAAAAUUGUUUUCGAGAAACUUGAAUUUAUAAUACAGUUGAACUUCCCUAACUAGAAUCACCAUAAUCCACAAAAAUAAACUUUGAGUUAGAGCGACAUCGAGUUACGGAAGGUAAUUUGUAUUAAAUUUGACUUCUAUUGUUAAUUCAAGAGUUCGAUUAAUGGAUAACUUCGAAUUAUAUCAGUUUGAGUUAUGGGAGUUCAAUUGUAUUUUAUUUGGUUAAUUUGGUUGUAAACUCAAAACCGGCGUCUGUAAUAGUUUUUGGCAAUGCUGCUGAGGGACAUAAUUCAUCAGUUUUAAAUUUGGAUCAUUCCGGUUACUUAGACCGUAUUUAUUAUAAACGGCAAGUCGAUCUUUAUUGUGUGCGAUUAACGGUUUAGGCAGCUAUGGCGUUCGAUAUAUUUGACCAUUCAAUAGUUGGAAUAACUUUAUAUGCGUUUAGAACUUCAUCGAAAUCUUAAAAACUUUGAAAGGUAGUUACUACCAGUAAAGAAAAUUCAGAAAAUAAAUUAAAUAAUAGUAAUAACAACAAUAGUAAUAACUGAAUCUACCACACAAUGUAAUAUCCACCACACAAUGUAUUAUUCACCACACAACGGCUAACAUUUCAUUUUUUUUUUUUAACCGAAAUCACACAUUAGUAUGAUAUAUACAAAAUAUAUAUAUAAAUUUAGCAAAAUUACAGUUAGCAAGCCGUGUGUCCUGCGAAGUUCUAAGCGCAAUUAAAGUUUUACACUAAACCCUUAUGUAUUUUGUUUUCUUGCAAUUGGAGCCACUCAGUAUAGACAGAGUAAAAAAAUACAGUAAAAUGUUUGGUAUUUGUCACACUUUUUUUAUUACGAUAAAAUAAAAAUAAUAGCAUAAAGUUAAAAAUAACUAAUUAGUGCAACUUUUUGAACUGAAAAAUUUUAAAUGAA